CGCCGGAGCAGGAAGCGGUGGAAGCGUGGCUGGACGAUCACGGCGACUUCACCCGCUCUUACUUUGUUAGAAAAGCUACGAGAGAAAUGGUUAAUGCAUGGUUUGCUGAGAGAGUUCACACCAUCCCAGCCUGCAAGGAGGGAAACAAGUCCCAGAGUGAGGCCUGUGCCUGUCACCAGCCUGCCUGUGCCGAGACCACCAACUCCGGGACACCAGCGAGGAAAAUCUCCGCUUCUGAAUUUGACAGACCCUUAAGGCCUAUUUUUGUCAAGGACUCAGUAGGAGCAGUGAGCUUCCUCUCUGGCUCUGACAAGAAGGAACAGAUGCCUCUGCCAUCUCCAAGGAUUGAGACCAGUGCAGGGGAUCAGUGCUCCAGACUAUUAGAACUUGUGAAAGAUAUUUCUAGUCACUUAGAUGUCACAGCUCUUUGCCAUAAGAUCUUCCUACACAUCCACGAGCUGAUCGCAGCCGAUCGCUACUCCCUGUUCCUGGUGUGUGAGGACAGCUCCAACGAGAAGUUCCUCGUGAGCAGGCUCUUUGAUGUGGCAGAAGGAUCCACCCUGGAAGAAGCUUCCAACAACUGCAUUCGCCUGGAGUGGAACAAGGGCAUUGUGGGUCACGUGGCAGCCAUAGGGCAGCCUCUCAACAUCAAGAAUGCCUAUGAGGAUCCAAGAUUCAAUGCAGAAGUUGACCAGAUCACAGGGUAUAAGACUCAGAGCAUUCUCUGUAUGCCAAUAAAGAAUCACAGGGAAGAGGUUGUUGGUGUGGCUCAAGCAAUCAACAAGAAAUCUGGAAUUGGCGGCACUUUCACUGAACAAGAUGAAAAGGAUUUUGCAGCAUAUUUGGCAUUCUGUGGAAUCGUUCUUCACAAUGCGCAGUUGUACGAGACGUCUCUGCUCGAGAACAGGCGCAAUCAGGUGCUUCUUGACCUUGCCAGCCUGAUUUUUGAAGAGCAGCAGUCUUUGGAGGUGAUCCUGAAGAAGAUAGCAGCCACUAUAAUAUCCUUCAUGCAGGUGCAGAAGUGUACCAUCUUCAUAGUGGAUGAAGAUUGUCCAGAUACAUUUUCUAGUGUCUUUCACAUGGAAUCUGAUGAAUUAGAGGAUUCAGCUGAAAAUCUGAAGAGGGACUAUGACACAAACAAAAUCAAUUACAUGUACGCUCAGUAUGUGAAGAAUACGAUGGAGCCGCUCAACAUCCCAGAUGUCUGCAAAGACAGAAGAUUUCCAUGGACAAAUGACAAUGCAGAAAAUCUAAGUCGGAACAUAAAGAGUUUGCUGUGUACACCAAUAAAAAAUGGGAAAAAGAAUAAAGUGAUAGGAGUUUGCCAGCUUGUGAAUAAGAUGGAAGACAACUUGGGGAAAAUCAAGGCUUUCAACAGAAAUGAUGAGGAGUUUCUGGAAGCAUUUGUCAUUUUUUGUGGCCUGGGGAUCCAGAACACACAGAUGUAUGAGGCUGUAGAAAGAGCCAUGGCCAAACAGAUGGUGACACUAGAGGUUCUCUCAUACCAUGCUUCUGCUGCUGAGGAGGAAACGAGGGAGCUGCAGGUAACAGUGGCUGCUGUAGUGCCAUCUGCACAAACUCUCAACCUGACUGACUUCUACUUCAGUGACUUUGAGCUGUCAGACUUUGAAACAACACUGUGCACAAUUCGAAUGUUCACAGACCUCAACCUGGUGCAAAAUUUCCAAAUGAAACACGAGGUUCUCUGCAGAUGGAUUUUAAGUGUGAAGAAAAACUAUCGGAAAAAUGUUGCUUAUCACAACUGGAGACAUGCCUUCAACACAGCACAGUGCAUGUUUGCUGCUCUGAAAUCUGGGAAAAUUCAGAGCAAACUGACUGACUUAGAAACGCUGGCUUUGCUGAUAGCAACUCUGAGCCAUGAUCUGGAUCACAGGGGAGUGAACAACUCUUACAUACAAAGAAGCGAACAUCCACUGGCUCAGCUGUAUUGCCACUCAAUCAUGGAGCAUCAUCAUUUUGAUCAAUGCCUUAUGAUCCUGAAUAGUCCAGGAAAUCAGAUUCUCAGCAGCCUUUCCAUUGAAGAAUACAAGGCUACACUGAAAAUGAUAAAACAAGCCAUUCUUGCCACAGACCUGGCACUCUACAUCAAGAGGAGAGGAGAAUUUUUUGAACUUCUAAGGAAGAAGCAGUUUAAUAUGGAAGAUCCCUCACAAAAGGAGCUAUUUCUAGCAAUGCUGAUGACUGCUUGUGACUUAUCAGCCAUAACCAAACCAUGGCCAGUUCAGCAACGGAUUGCUGAGCUUGUGGCUACUGAGUUCUUUGAUCAAGGAGAUAAAGAGCGGAAGGAACUCAACAUAGAACCCACAGAUCUAAUGAACAGAGAGAAGAAAAACAAAAUUCCCAGCAUGCAGGUUGGAUUCAUAGAUGCUGUUUGUUUGCAGCUGUAUGAGGCCCUAACACAUGUGUCAGAGGCCUGCUCCCCUUUGCUGGAUGGCUGCAGAAAAAACAGGCAGAAAUGGCAAGCCUUGGCUGAGCAGCAAGAGAACCUGAUUAAUGGAGAAAGCAACCAAGGCAAACGGAACUGAUGUGCUGAUUUCACCACCAUAAGCUCAAGUUCACGUAGGAGACACAGUAAUAAGAGAGUACUGCAUUUUGCUAAACACUGUAUGAAUUUGGCUUAUGUUUUGCCACUGCUGUAUUAUUUUUUCCACAUUUCAAGAUAUAGCAUGACUGUGUAGAUCCCAAGAUUAUCUGAAGACAAUAUGUUCUUACAUCUGACUGAGAUGGAAGAUGACCUGCAGGGGUGGUUUUUGCUACCCCAGCCCACAAGAAGGUACUGGUGCAGGCACUGACUGUGCCCGAAAGCCUGUUGCUUUACAGAUGUACAUAGUUGUUUAGUGAUCAUGUUGUGGCCAGUAUCUGAAAGACUACUGCAUUUUGCACCUUUUCUCUCCCUCCUCCCAUCUUGCUGUGUUAAGUUAUAAAAAUAUUGAGCAGUCUUGCCUGGUCUAUUUCCAGAGGUUCGGAGGAAAGACUGGGACUCACUCUGGGGAGCCUAUUCAAAACAAACUAUUGCUAACCUCUCUCAGACAGCAGAACUGGGCUCUGAGGUGAAAAACCCCCAAAUCCGUGCACCCAGUAGAGUUUGGUUUUUUCCAAAUUAGGUGGAUGCCUUAGCAAAUGUGUUAUUGCAGCUGAAGAAAUGUCUAAGACCCCUGUGAAUGACUAGGCAGCCAGAGUCUCAGGUGUGGUAGAGGUGUCCGAGCUCUCCAUGCCCAAUGGAAACUGCUUGAAGACAGAUGAAAUAUCCCAACAUAACUGACAGGCUGCCAUGGAAAGCUGCAAGAAGCACCCAGAGAAAUGGAAACAAAGCAGGAUUGGUUUUGUUCGCUGGUUUUAACUUCAUUUGGGAGUUGAUUUUAACAUCAUCUAACCAACAGACUGGAUCACAGGCAGAAGAGAAUGACUGCAAGAGGUGAAAAGCUGAAUCAGAAUGAUGCAGGAAGGGCACACUCCUGGUGACCACCAAUGACUGAUUCUUCAGGCCAGUGUUACUAUGAAAUGGCUAUGACCACUUUGAAGAAAGUUUUAUGUUAACAUCUCUUAAAAAUCAUUUUAACAUUAGUUUAAAAUGAUUAAUCAUAGUGUCUUGAAGAAAUAGGAAAAUAAUAAUACCAAAAGCAAAAAUGGCCAAGAGUGCUAUUUGCCAUUUGUAUGUGAGGCAUUAAUGUUCUGUAAAGUAAGAAAUCAAUUAACUUGCACUAGUAAAAAAUAAAAUUGGUGCAUUAUUUAAGUGAAGAUAAGUAAUAAAAAUGGUUUUGAAUUGGAAACAAUUAUAGAAAAUAUACACAUUGGACAAAUCCCAGAAGAGGAAUACAAGGAGAGUACUAUUAUUUAGAUGGACAGAAUAAGGAGAUACAUGCCAGUAGUCUAAAAUGCAUUAGCAGCACACAUAACUUUGGCUGCACAGAGACACACAAAAUGUUCCAUUUUUUUAAUCUGUAAUCAUUAUUUUUUAGUUAAAAUCAUCAUUUGGCAAAAGCAGCACAUUUGGCACUGGACUUUUAAGUGUGGGAAUUUAGUUCUAUCACAAUAUUCCAGGAAAUUCUAGUUAGAAACUGCAAUAAAUUCUUCUUCCCAGGAGAUUGUCAACCCAAGUCAUAAGAUCUGGUCAAAAAGGAAAAACUCACCCUUUCAAUUUCUUCAUUUAGACAAACAAUGCCACAAGCUAAGAAAAGAUGAAGCAAAUGUUUCAAAAUGUUUGAUGAUACUAAGUUAGAGUUGAUAUUUUUUUAAUAUAGAACAAGGUAUUCUGACAGUCAGCAGUAUUUCUGACACACUAAAUUAUUUGUCACUGAUUAAGUCCUAUCUCAGACUUGUGUAGUGAGGACCAAUAAUAAAUGAUUGCAGCUGUGAAUUUGAAAACAUUUUAGUACAGAAGUAUUCUCCUUAUUCUGUCCCAACAAAUUAAAAAAAAAAAGGAUGGAUUGCAACACUCACUCAGAAUUCUGCUGUUUUGCAGUACUCUGUAUAUGUAUUUCUGUGCAUACACAGUAUGCAGGUGACAGCAGCCUGACCCUGCCAACACACACCCCCCCAAAAAGGUUUUAGGUACUUCUGGAUAAAUAGAAAACUUUGCUUCAGGAUUUGCAUAGCCCUUGUAUAGUCUUUUUCUUGAGUGCUUGAGAUACUGAAAUAUAAUUAUUAUACUGAUGAGAUACAUAUUUAAUAUAAAUAGGAAUAAAAUAUAUGUAUAUAAAGGUGUAUUCUUACUAUUGGUUUGGACUAGUAACUCAUGGUGACAACACAGCUGAUAACUAUGAUGAUAUCACAGUGUAGUGAUGUAACUUUGACAUGAAUAUUCCAGUAUUUCUUUGCUAUAUUUUGUGUUCAGCAAAGCUUUAUUAUAACUGAAUUUAUAAAUGCUAUGAAGGAGUGCUGGAUUCAUACCUUUGACUUGAAAAGAAGGGCAUGAUGUUACAUUUUUUUAAAGGUUCACUUAAAAUGAACAGUUAUACAGUAUGUGCAUAUAUUUAAUUAUAUAUCUGUACACAUUUAUCCCAUAGAAUCUUUUCCACCAUAAAUGUUGGAACACACAUAUAAAUACAGUUCCUAGUAAAUAAACAUUUAAAUAUCAUAACACACCUGUAUCUGCAUAUAUUUAAACAAAACCAAAGCCUUUAAACUACUGGUUUAAGUACCUUAAAAGCAUAGAGUGCUGUAUUUCAUGAGAUUCAAAGCCUUUACAUAGUGUUUUACUCUGCCUGAAGGCAAAAUCCAAGUAUGUCAUGGCUUUGUGUGACUCAAUUGCAGAAACCGCUCCCUCCUUUCAUAAUGUAGAUAGGGGACAAUAUGGGAAAAAAAUCCAAACCUAACCUGGCUCCAGCAGGUUUCCUGCUACAAGUUCACUGUCUGCAGAAUUGAACCUUUUGAAAGCCAGCUGGUGGAUUACAGCUAUGCAGCUGUCAUUUAUUUCAUCAUGAGCUGUGUAUCUCAAUAUUUCAGUCUGAUCUCAAAGACACGAUACUGUCUAGCUGUAACAAUCAGAGUGGCUUACACAAGAAACCAGCUGAAAUGGAGUUUAUCCCUUUGACAGUUCAGCCUGAAACCAUUGUCGCAUUUGAGAUUUCAAUUUCUGGGUACAAGAAUUUGUUCCACUAAUUCUUAUUACGUCUCUCAGUGAGGACAACUGAGUCAGUAUCCUACUUGAUCUCAGACACAAACAUGAUUUCUUUCAAACUCAUUCCAUAGCACAGUUUAAUUCUUGAAGUACACUUUAUUUCUGGAUUUGUUCUGAAAAAAAUUACUUGUGUUAACACACACAAAAUUACUGAUUAACCCUACCUCUUCUAAUUCCAAGUAACUGAAUUUUCCAAGGAAUUAGCCACACAUGCAAUAUUAGCUGAGGGCCUAGGUUUUCUAUUCUAUCAUACAGUUAAAGAAAGUGAGGGGGGGAAUAAUGUAAUGCUGACUUUGGAGAUGGUGUGAAUUUUUAAUUAAGAAGCAGUUUAUACUUAAGAGCAGAUUACUCAUAUCUUCACUGUGCACAUAUACAAGUGAGCUACUGAUAAAAGGAAACAAUUAAUUUCAUUGAUGAUCAGCUGAUUUCUCCUCAGAAGAGAGAACCAAAGCCUCUUUAUAUGCAUCACCCUCUGACAAUUGCAUGCAUCUUUUGAUUUCCAACCCCACACAUUUUACCUGGUAGUGGUAUGAACUGACACGUUCAGGGCACUUAACUAAUUCAUACAUAAAGUUUGUCAAAAUUAGCAGGUAAUUGAUUUUCCAGCUCAUUAUACAGAAAGAUAAUGAAGAAUCAGGUCUAGGCCCUUAAAAUUAGAGGAGUGAUCCAGCUGCUGUCCCUUCCAGUCAUGCAUAAAAACAUGGCAAAGACUUUUUAUGGAAAAUAUUUGCCUUGCUUAUAAUAAAUUCACAUGUUUUUAAAGGUUUUUAUAAAGACCUCAUAUUUCAAGCAAAUUAAUAUAGUAGCAUUAAUUCAGAGUCUUAUCUCUGUGAUGCUGCGGGUGUUUUCUUCAUGUUAAAUUACAUGCAGUUUACAUUCCACAAGGUUUCAGCUUUAUUUCCCAGUUCCCUGCUGUACUUUUUCAGGGGCUUGCACUAAUUUAAAACAUAAGCUUGAACGGCAGAAUGAGUCUGGGCAGAGUAUGGUAAAUAAUGAGGGCUGAGUUUUUUUGGUUUGGACUUUGCUAAGAAGAAGAAGAAACACCACAGACUCUGUGCUGGUAAUGAGUGACACUUGCUAAAUGCAGCAAAUUGUGACAGCAGGAUAUUUCAUCUUGGUCAUUGCGAGGUGAAUGCCAUGUUUCUUCUCCACAUAAGGAAGGUUGUUUGCAUACAGAAACUCAAAUCUGAGUACCAGUGUUUGUAAAUGUGUAUUUAUGUGACAAUGCUCUGUAAUUGCUGGUUCCCACUAACUCCCACAGCACGAGCUUGGCAUGCCAUGGCCUCACGCAUGCUCAGAUGCCCACCUGAAGUCAGUAUUGUGAUUCCCAUUUACCUCAGGGGAGCUGGGUUGUGCUGUAUAGAAAGUGAAAGAAUGGGUCAAAUCCAUCUUUUCUUACCUGUGAAGAGGGACUAAACCCUUAUCCUUGGUGACAGCUGCCUCACUUGCUCUUUGCUGGUUCAGCUAUUGCCACCGAUGCCCAAGGUACCUUACAGAUGUAACUGAAGUUAGAAUUUGAGUCCUCUUUGUGUUCACAUGGCAGACACCUGCAUGUGUCUCUUAAAGAAUGUAGUUUGAAAAGCACUGUAAAUAGUUUUAACACACAUUCCCAUUAUAGUUUAAUAAAACCCUUAAUCACAGUCACUAGUCACUGAGUUUGUCCAUUUGUAUUCUUCUAUCUUUUAAAAAUACCUGAACAAAUAUAUAGUUUCUGGGCACAGUAUUUUUGUACUAGGUUAAGGGAUUUCUCUGUAUAUUAUGUUUGCCUUUAAACACUAUUAAAGUCUUCUGAAUGUCAUGUGUUCUCUCUUGCUUCUGUCCAUUGACUUAGAACAAAGCUAGUUACAUUACUUAAGAGAAUCAUUAGCCCUACUUACCGUACAGCUGCUAGAGAACGUAAGGGUCAGCUAAUUUUCUGUGGUCAGACUGCUGCUUAUAACUCAUUUCUUCAUUCUUCUCUUUGUACUGUUUUCAUGCUUUCUAAAAUAAAAAGGAUUGUGUCAAAUUUUA